UGACGUGACAUAGAAAAUGGAGACUUUCGGAAAGGCAAUGUCACGUUGAGUUUGCAAAUUUAUUAUUAAUUGCGUAAGAUGGAGAACAGAGAGGAGGUUUUAGGAUUCAAGCCGCAGAAGGAUAAGAUAUACAACAAGUUUCUACCGAAUGCAGAGAAAGUAGACGAUGAAUCGAUUGCAGCUUUUGCGGAAAUCAAAGGAAAUCUGGCCAAAGCCGUUCUUCUUCGAGACAUAAAAGUUGGAGCAUCUUUCUGGGUUGGACAGCUUACAAGAUACAUUCGCCUCUAUGGUUUGAAGUUUUCCAAAGAGGAUCAUGUUCUGCUAAUUAAGCUUCUGUUUGAGCUCUCCACGAUUCCUGACCUUGAACUUUCAUUGGUUCCUAAGUUCUCAACACAGCUUGUUGCUCUGCUGAAGAAGCAAAAGCUCUUAACUCGAGAAGAUUUGGAGUUGCCAUGGAAACCUGUUUAUCAACUUGUUGAAAAUGUAGCAUAUUCACCAUAUGAACAUCAUGGAUUGCAAUUAUUCCCACAAAAUAUGGAACACGAAUUAAAGAACCUUGUCAAUUACUGCAGGACGUACUUCCCUGUCUCAGCAACUCAGGAAAUGCUAGAUGAAUGGCGACCAUUACUCUGUCCAUUUGAUGUCACCAAUAUUAAGGCAGUUCAUUAUUUUGAAUAUUUUUUGCCAACUGAUCUACCUCCUGAACAUCACGAUAAAGGUUUCAAGCUAUGGCUGGAUGAAUUCCUGAACAUGUGGCACUCCUACCAGAAUGCUCCAACUUGGGAGGCGGGCCUUGUGCGAUUAUUUGCUCGACUUGCACAUGAUACCAUCGGUUACAUUGACUGGUCCCCACAUGUUUCCAUGGUAUUUAAUCGGUUCAUAAGAAGUUUCAAUCUCCCUGUGGGAAUGCAGAAAGUACAAGUGGGACGCUCCAACAACACGUACGACAUUGGAGCCACCAUCACUUGGAUAGUUUCAAUGAUGGGUGGACCUAAUGGCGCAGUUGUACAAGAUCACAUAGACAGUUUCUUUAAGGCCCUUCAGUCGUUCUUCCAUCCAUCAAACCUUGGCAAGUGGAAUAUUAAGCUGAGUGGAUUGCUGAUGAAUUUUCCAAAACUGGUUGUGAAAAGAAUACACAGGGAGAGAUAUAAAAGGAAGGACUGGCUGUUAGAGAUUCCCGCCGACUACAAACUGAAAGACGCCGAGAUUACCCGAUUUGUCAAGAGCAUGCAGCCGGUGGUGUCGGUGUCCAUGUUUAGUAAAUAUGGCAGUCAUGACUCAGCCAUAGCCCUGAGACAUCUCGCCAACAUGAGACCUGAACUCAUCAUUCCAGAUCUGUUAGAGAAGAUGUACCCUGCCAUGGAGAACCUGAUAGAACCUCACCGUUUGACCGCCUGUAUGAACUGUGUGGUGGCCGUAUCACGUCCCAUGUUGAGUGCAAGGAAGUGGUACCCAGAGGGCCGCUCCCAUGUACUUCCUCUUCUCAACCUGGCCCUCCCGGGAAUCGACCCCAAUGACUUUAAGAAGUGCUUGGUGACCUUCCAGAUGAUUUCUACAUUUGUGGCUCAGGUUCCUAUUGUGGAUUGUUCAGAAGCUGUGUUUGUCAGAGACGACUUAAAUGAGGAAGAAAAGGAGUUAUGUUCAGCAACAGCACAGUUUGAGGACUUUGUUCUUCUGUUCCUUGACAGAGUGUUUGCCCUGAUUGAGAGCAGUACCCAGGAGCACACACAUGGCGAUCCGGCCCGCCUCAACCCAGAGCAGACCAUGAUGGAGGUGGCCUUGUCGUCGACCUUCACCUCUGUUCUACUGCAGUGUUCCACUCCUAUAUAUGAGGCAGCCCUUUCUCGUCUGUAUAAUUUUAUCACUACCAGUGUCUAUGAAACAAAUGUUGGAGGAAGAUUUGCUGCAAAUCUGUGCAGAGCAGCAGCUAAGGCAAAUCCCAAAGCAGCAGUGGACAAAUUUUUACCUCUCUUCUGUCAGAAGAUCAAAGACCUCAUGGCAGAACAUGAAGAAUACAGGACAGAAGAGCAUUUGGAUGAUGGCUUCUUGUGGAAUCUUCUCAUGCUAUCUCAGAUUGUGCGCUGUAAUGGAGAGGUGUUGGUUCCGUACAAGGACCAGCUGUUGGAGGUUCUCCAGCUUACCCUCCACCUGAAGUGUGUGCAGGGAUACGAAUUGGCCGCCCAGCUGAUGCGCUACAUUCUAAGGGCACUAACUCUUCACUAUCCAUUGGACUACAGAAGUAUAGCUGACUCGUUUGACAGACCAGUGACUGAAUAUCUCGCCAUAAAUGACUGGGCCAAGCCUGGAGACAUGGACAAUUUAGGAAUGAAGUGGCACAUCCCGUCAGCCGAGGAGUUGGCAUUCGGACAGUCUCUGAUGGAUCAUUUACUACAGCCCGAGUUAGAGAAAAUCAUGUCAUUAUCAUCAGCCAAUCCAAUGGAAAAGGAGGAGUUGGUCCGGCGACUUAACAUCACACUGGAGUGUAUCCUGGGGGCAGGGGCAGCACUGCCUGUCUGGAAGUCAACUGCUGUGGACCUGUCCAGUUUAAAUGUGAAAACACAGGUUCCUAUGGAGCGAUUCCCAGUUUCAUCAGUCACAGAACCAUUAGACAUCCAUUACAAAGGUGCUAACUUACGACUGGAAGUUGUAAAAACCAUGAAACAUUUGCUGAAGUACCUGACAGAAUGUACAGAAGAUGACACCAAGAGCCUGUCCAAAUUAGUGAAGAUUUAUGAGACAGUGUUGUUUUUCUAUGGUGCGAGUAAGCAGGACUUUGAUGCACGCUGGAAAAGUUUACAUUCUGUAAAGGAAGCCCUGGAGGACAAGAUGCGAGAUAGAAGGAAACAUAUACGAGCCCUAUUGGUGGAUAGAGUAGUUUUACAGCAUGAGAUGAGGAUGUUGUACGGUCUCCGUGACUACACAGACCAUCACCAAGACAUCCUGGUUGACCUGUAUAAUUUGUCUGUCAGCAGAUAUGGUGAGGUGAGGAAGAAGGCCCAAUCCGUGCUGAUGCAGUGCUUCCUGAACUUCCCCUACUGCUACCGGUGCCUGCUGGACAAAAUAUCCAACAGUCUCAUCCAGAAGGAUACGCCCGAAAAACAGUUCAAGGGAGCACUUUAUGUUGUGCUUGGCAUUGGUAAAAGAACUUUGGCAAGCAAGAGAAGCUGGGAGGUGAUUGGUCAGUUGUGGCCGGCGAUAAUUCAGGCCCAGCAGUCAGAGAAGCCAUCCAUACUGCGGGUCGUGGAUGACAUAAUAGCUAAAGUCAGCAAGAACCUAGAGAGUCCAGGAAUAGAAACCAGGGUAACCACUGGCUGUCUAGAUGCUGCAAGAAGACUUAUGGGAUCUGGUGUUCCAUUGGCUAAUCCACGAGAGUUGUCUGACAGCGAAGUCCAGAAAGGGCAGGAGUUUGAGAACUCUAUUAAUGAGUCUAAUAAACGGCUCUACGUAAAAGUUGUAGAAGACCUUGUAGCAUUAAUCAACAGUGGAAACUUAAUGUGGAAGUUCAGUCAGUACGGUGUAGAGUUACUGACCCUGCUUUUGAGACAUGAUGUAGCCACUCCCUCCGCAGCCGUACAACUCUUUGUGUCCAACCUCGUUCAUGACUCCAUCUACAUAAGGAAGCUUUCAACAGCCUCAGUGUCUGCCAUUCUGAAGCAACAGAAAAGGAAACACAAGAAAGUGACGGUGGACCCCUAUAAAAGUGCCCCGCCCCCUCCAGCAGGGAAAUUCCUCCCCGGCAGUCGCCCAGACAAUGAGUGGAUUAUGUACCACUCUGACCAGGUGCCUGACAGUCAGGAGAAGUGGGAGGCCAUGGAGUUUGUAGAUAAAACUCACUGGGGCUACUACUGCUGGCCAAAAGAAAUGAAAAUAUAUGCCAAACAAUCUGAACAGCCCAAGUUAGACAGAACAGAAUCAGAAAUGUUAGAGACAGAAAAACCAAUAUUUGUGAAAAUGAAUGACUCAUCCUUUGUGAAAAAGUUUAUAGAUGUGUUAAGUUUAGAAGAACAUAAAGGAAGAGAUAAAUUUAGGAACAAACAUCUAACUAUUUUCAAGGGUCUGUUUAGGAACUAUGGAAGCACUUUCCUGCCAAUAUUCAAGGCUCACAUCGUUGAGCUCCUUGCCGACAGAAGCCAUGAACAUCAUGACAGUAAGCAGAGAUGUGGGAUGGAGAUCCUAGCGGGGGUCAUACGGGGCUCCAAGCACUGGCCGUAUCAAGAGGUAAAUGCUCUGUGGGACUGGGUAAUUCCUAUUUUGAGGACCUCCCUAGAAAACAUCACCAGUGAGACAAUGAAGGAUUGGGGGACUUUCUUUACCGUCGUGUCGGAGAGUCGAGACCCACGCAGGCUGUACAGGUUCUUUGAGCUGCUCAUGGAAAAACCUAUCAGAGAGGGCUCCUCAUCUUUUGAGGAUUCCAGUCGACUCUUUGCAGUACAGAAUGCUUUGGUGCAACAGGAAUGGAGAGUUCCAGAACUUUUACAUCGUCUGCUGGAGUUCCUCACGCCUCAUCUAACUCACAGAUAUAAGAAUGUGAGGGAUCGGAUAGGGAGCCUGUUGUCCAACAUCUUCCUGUAUGACUACAGCAUCACCCCUGAGUGUACAACUAAGUCCCCCCACAGGAUCGACUUUGUCCAGAAAGUGAUGCCUCACCUGGAGCCAUUGAAAGAUUUGGUGCUAGCAGACAAUGGCAAUAAUGGCAAUUCUAAAGAUGUGGAAAACCAUAAAGAGACACCAGCAUCAGUGGAGAAGAUGGAGGUGGAUGAUGAGGAAGAUGAAGAGAGGAAAACCACAAUAAGGAUGUGUAAAACAGUGUUGAAGUGGAUAUCGGACGGACUGGGUAGAAUGUUUACCUCAACAACACCAGAACUCUUCUUCAUUCUGCCAGUGAUUUGCACUUUAGAGAGUGAGACAAAGGAUGAGGAGCUGAAGAUGGACUGCUCCAUGUCCCUGGCCUGCUUCUCCCAGGCCCUGAUCCAGGAGAGUAACGUCCAGGUGUGUCUGGACACCAUUCGGGAGGUGAUGGGGCUGAAGUCGUGGCAUUCCCGCGUGGCGAUCCUGGGCUACAUACAGGUGAUGGUGUUCUGUAAUCUGUUCACCAUGAACCAGACAAAAUACAAGAGGGAAAUCCAGAACUUUAUACUACACCUUAUAUGUGACGAUCAAGUGGAGGUCAGAGAGAUGGCGGCCAUUACAUUAAGUGGUUUACUACAUUGUGGAUUCUUAGACAUGGAUAAAGACAUGCUGGAUCACUUUGAAGUGCUGAGUAAGAAUAAGGUUAAGAAGCGUAAGCUCUCGGAUGCCAUGCCUCUGGAAGCACUGAUUAAGCGGCACGCUGGGGUUCUGGGCCUGAGUGCCUUUGUGGAGGCCUAUCCCUACGACGUCCCCGAGUUCAUGCCACAGAUCCUGAUGGACCUCAGUAAUCAUGUCAAUGAUCCCCAGCCUAUACAGAUGACUGUGAAGAAGACACUGUCCAACUUCCGUAGAACUCACCAUGAUAACUGGCACGAUCACAAGCAGAUGUUUACCGACGACCAGCUCGUUAUUUUGACUGAUCUUCUAGUGUCUCCCACUUACUAUGCUUGACGACCGUUCAAGGUCAUAGGAGAUGUUAACUUUAUGUAACCAGUGCAUCUACAGCAGGGGAGUUCAGAGUUAUCUUUCCUUUAGUAGCCUAAGGAUUUCUGAACACGUCAAUACUAGUAGUUUCUCAUUUUCCCAAGAUUACAAGUCCUUAAUUAAAUCCAAUAUAUUGUAUAUAUAAUAAGUGUACCUAAUUAUUUAAUUAAAGUACAUUCAUGAAAAAAAAAAUUUGGGCAUUGAAAGAAAUACAUGUGUGUAUUAUAUAAUGUACAUGUUAUUAAAGACAUAAAAACCAGCUUUAUAACAAUUUGCUGGCAGUGUUUUGCUGGUUCGGUGAGGGAGGACUUAGUUUUGUAGGUGUUCUGUGCAUGGGUGCCUUCACUGUUAACAGCUUAUGUCCAUAUUCUCCCUGUAAUUGAUUUUGCAAUGAAGUGUUUUAUUAACCUUCCUACACCAGUUGCUAAUGAUACAUGUGCUUGAACAUGUCAGACUUAUCGUAUAUAUAUUUACAUAUAUGUCAAAGAUUUCCUGGUCAACUUGAAGUGCAGUGCCAAACAUUUAGUCAAAAAUGCUAAGAAAUAAGUCCAGCUUUUUUUGUCAUCUUGAUGAUGUGCAUGUACAGGUAUGCAGGUGGCCACAUUAACUAUCAGAUUCUUCCAUGUUCAUUUCCAUGAAAGGAUACAUAUUAAACAAUCUACAUUGUCUUAUUGGGAUGUCAAACUCAGUGUGUGUUAAUUAGCUUGAUUUAUCAAUUAUUUUGGGUGCCAGAAAAAUGUUUUAUUCCUUUAUACAGCAUUUAUUAUUAUAUUUUCAAAGCAUACCUGCAAUUGUAUUGUUUUAUUCAUUUAUAAUGUGGUUUUAAAUAAAAUAAAUGUUCAAUAAAAGUA